CACCCCAAUGGCAAGCUGCAAGUACAGCGACCUGGCGCUGCAUGAGACCGCGCUCGUGGCGGACGGCUCGUGCGGAGGCAACGCCAUGUGCUUUGUCAACAGCAACUGCUCGGUCGUUCGUCGCGUGGCAAAUGCGUCGACGCGCGUGCAGCUGGAGGCAAGCGACGUCCUUGGCGACGUCUUCCUAUACCGGCAUGCUACCCUAGAGCUCGUCAACCUCACGAAGAGCCACAUCAACCACCAGUUCCCCGUACAGCUCGCGGCUCUAUCACUUGUCGGCGCCAACUUCGAGGACCUGGACGAUAUCGAUGUCCCGCCGGAGGUUUUACGCUUGACCCUGACCUCGUGUCAUUUCAAGCGCGCCAUUUCCUUAUACGGUUUCCGGGCCCUUCAGCACCUGGAGCUCCGAAGCACUCGCUCUCCCGACUUGUUCGUCUGGGAUAGUUGUCCGUCCACGCUUCGCAACCUCACCAUUUUGGACUGCGGACGCGAUAAUUUCAGCUACUUGACGCUGCCGCAGAUCGAGACGCUAGAACUCGACAACGUUCGUACACUCUAUGGUCUCCGCGUCUCGUUCCGACUCCGGCGUUUCGCAUGCUACAACUGCUCAUUUGACUACUUCUCGGUGGACAGCGAAGACUCGCUGCGUGCGCUGCGCAACCUCUCGCCGACCAGCAGCUCGACCUCGAAUGCGACGUUCCAAGUGCCACCGUUUACAUCGGACUGCACAAGAAGCGACACGACGCAAGCUCGGCUCUGGGACAAUGCACCAGACUACGUCCUGUGUGUCAACCACAAAUCGUACACUUGGACGAUCGAGUAUAAAGAACUCUACCAUUUUCUGUACAUUGCGCUCGGCAUUCUGGCUGCUGGCAUCUUGCUUGGUUGUCUCUAUCGCCGAGGCCAGCGCGUCGCCAAGACGGACCGCGCCGCCGACGACGACUACCUCGUCUCGUCGCUGUCGGCCAAAGAGCUCGAGACGCUCCAGAUGCUGCAGCUCGACGCGUCAAGCCUCGUGGUGUCGGA